GAGUUGGGAGAUAGGCGUACCCAUAACCCUGUACUGCGAUUGGAUAGCUGUUAAAGUUGCCAUGACCAGCAGUAAUAUAUACAUAUAUACACUAUUCUAUAUAUAAAACGUUUCUGCUAGCGACAGAGUGAAAAUCUGUUUUUAAAAAAGGUAGCUUCUUGUGUCAGUCUUCCAGCUUCUAUUUGCUCGUUGCAAAUAAAAACGGGAUCUAAUGGGGAGUACAUUCGUCCGGAGAUUCUUGCUGUUGUCCACUCGCCUUAUAUCCCCGCGGUCGGGCUUCCUGCUUCUGCCCAGGCGAACGGAGGAGAUUCCCUCCGUAGCAAGACUUUUCUCAAAUGAUACUCCGCAGAAAAUCAGUCGCUAUCCAGUUCCCUACAAGAAAGACUUGCCGUAUGACAUAGUGGAACUGAUGGAGGAAGUAGAGUCUAAGGGAGGCUUCUUACCCAAUGUUUUUAAAGUCCUCUCUCAUAGACCUUCAGAGUUUCGAGCCUUUUUCUCUUACUACAACGAACUCAUGAACAAGGAAACAGGUGGACUCACCAAGGCAGAUCGUGAGCUGAUUGUGGUGGCCACCAGCAUUCAUAAUAAGUGCCUUUACUGUGUGGUUUCCCAUAGUGCACUUCACCGGAUAUACUCAAAGAACCCCACCCUUUCAGACCAGGUUGUCGUCAACUAUGAGAGCGCAGAGCUGCAACCGCGAGAACGUGCCAUGUUGGAUUUUGCGAUGGCCGUGUGCCGCGCGGACACUAUCACAGAACAGCACUUUAAGUCUUUGGAGCAAGUUGGCUUUGAUUGCGAGGAUGCCUGGGACAUUGCUGCCAUUGCAGCCUUCUUCUCAAUGUCUAACCGACUCGCCCACCUCACUGACAUGCGGCCAAACUUGGAGUUUUACAACAUGGGCCGCAUACCGCGGGACAGGGGCAAAGACGAGGCUGGCAAAUGCAGCAAGUGAUAUUGCAGGCAAAUUUAAUUUGAGCCAAGAUAUUAUCAGUCAUAGACUACUUCUAAACCUAAUUCUAGUAAUGAUAUGUUCCAUAUUUGGCAUGCAAUGAAGAAAUGAUCACUUUUGGGUAUCACCUUUUCAGAAAACUAACCUUUAACUCUUCUUAAAUCUUUAUUGAUUUCCCAAUCCAUGCAGUCUUUAGUUUCUCGCAUUGUUGGAAAAAAAAAAUUAACAUUCAAAUUUUGUGUUCUGUAUUACAGUUUCUCAGUGGAGGGGCAAUUUUUACACUGUAUUCUGAAUAAACUACAGAUGUUUCCUUUA